CCUAAUGAAAACGCCAAAAAUUUUGCCCAAGCAUUUUAUUCAAAAAAUACACAAUUUGGAUGUGGAAAGGCUCCAUGUUCUGGGAAAACAUUUUUAGUUUGCAUGUUUACCCCCUAUGGCCCAGCACAAACAAUGAAUGGCCCAUUAUAUAAACAAGGCGAAAUUUGUGGAAAUUGUUCCAAUAAUAAAUGUGAUAAAGGAAGUGGUUUAUGCAUUCCUAAAGUCAAUAAGCUUAUUAUAGAUUAA